ACAGAAUGUUUAUUAGAUUUGAUUCAAGGUCAGUGGCCCAAGUACCAAAAGUUGUUAUUAACUUUUGGAUAAAAAAAUUGAUUUUGAAAGAAAAAAUGUAACGUUGGUUUUUAAUGGAACAACAAAAUUUUUUAGUGGAGUAAAUACUCACCAAUACGUUAUGGAGGAUAGUUUAAGCGUAAAAUCUACUGAGUCGGUAGCCACUAGUGAAGAAUUCGAUUUUAUUGGAGAUAAACCUGGUGUUUCCAAAACUCCUACCUUAGAUUUCCAGAACGGAGACUUAAAUGAGUUAACGAAAGCAUUGAAAGAAGUUUUACAAGAACCAGAUUCUGCGAUGAGCACCACCGAAAGCGCUGAAAGCGAAGAGAAAAAAAUUGGACAGAGCACAUUCUAUGGCAAACCAGUACAACUAGGAAUGGACCCAUUAAGUCAAGGCCAGUUCUCUCCAAUUGAUCAUUCAGACUCCACAAGGAUAGAUUCCGGCAGUGAGGAAGAAUGUAGUAUUUCAGAUGUUGAUCAAGAUUGUACGAUAUUCUCGGGAGUAACAUAUCUGGGCGCAGCAGCAAUAAAUGCCCCCAAAUCUGAAACGGAGAUCCAACGGAAUAUAGCAAUUUUGAAUGAGCAAAGUGUGGAACAAGGGAUUAAAGUUGCUGUAUCUGUGCCCUCAUCCUCUCAGGGACUUGUUGUGUUAUACGAUGCAUUGAGCAAUUCAGUGAUAUCCCGAUAUGAGAUUCAUCGUAUUCUGUUUUACGCACGUGGACCAGCCGAUAGUCCCGAGGCGAGUUGUUUCGCUUUUACAUGGUCCCAUGGAGAGACCCAAGAAUCGGCCAUUUUUCAGUGUCAUGUGUUCAGAUGCGACAUAGGAGAGGCUGUUUCGCGCGUUUCGUCUUGUUUCGCAAAAGCUUUCCAGAGAGUGCCCAGAUCCGUGAGUACAAUGAGUAGUUCCAUAACGUCUGGCGGAGACGUUAUGACCGGCUCGAUGACCACCAAUUCCGAAGCUAGGAUAUUGUUGUAUGUUUUCGAGGUUAACCUAGAGAUAAAAGAAGAUGAUGGCAAGGGUUCUUAUUCGACAGUAGGCAAAGAUAAGAACGGAUUUAGGCUGAAAGCGAACGUAGGAAAACAGUUGAGUCUAAGCAUCCGACAGGUAUCGGAUAAUGGUCCCCAUUUGUUCAUCGAACGUUGCUUUGGAGUCUUAGUGGCUGCCGGGAGACACGUCAAACAUUCUGACAUGAGAUUGUUAGAAAUGCAAGAACAGACUGCUUCCGGAGCAGCUGCCUCUCACGAACGUAACUGUACGUUAAUAUCUGCCGACUGGGACCCAACGGAAGACAAUUUUGAACUACUGAAUACCGAAACCCCGAAAGAUUUCAAGCAGUUCAUGACCGUGGCUGUAGAUUUGGUCAUCAGAGGCAUACAGGAACCGGUGAGAUUUUUAAUCGAGACUCCUGUCCGCGUGUAUUCCCAAAGUGAGAGGACUUUUUGGUAUUUCCAAAGGAAAAGUCUGAUCCAGCAGUUUUUCUUAAACUUAAAAGAGGUUGUCUCCGAACUCAAUGACGUCUAUUACGAAGUGCUAAACAUGGAAACUUCGGGUGAAUUGGAUCGAAAUCUUCUGAAUCUGAACUUGAACCUCUCCAGUUUGAUACAUUCUCCAAGUAUAACGUCGAUAGAUACUCUUACGCCCAAAGAAGAGUAUUUUUCAGAUGGUGAUGAGCCUCUAUUAAGCGGAACUGGUUCCGUGUCCAAGGAUUGUUCUGUCGACGUAUUAGAAUCCUGGGCGGACAUUCUACAAAAAUGGAAAUCGACAAAUUUCAAACAAAGACCAAAACAGUUGUCGGCGCUAGUAAAAUUAGGUGUUCCCGAGGCUCUAAGGGGAGAGGUAUGGCAGAGACUUGCUGGAAUCGAUGAAAACUCGACCAUGAUGGAGAACUAUCGAUUGCUUAUAACAAAGGAAUCCAGUUGUGAAAAUGUGAUCCAGCGAGACAUAGCUCGAACUUUGCCAGCUCACGAGUUCUUCAAAGAGGCCGGUGGAUUGGGACAAGAUUCUUUGUAUAGGGUGAGCAAAGCAUAUGCCAUCUAUGACUCAGAAGUGGGAUAUUGCCAAGGACUAAGUUAUCUGGCUGCGACUCUAAUCCUACACAUGCCAGAAGAACAAGCCUUUUGUAUAUUGGUGAAACUCAUGUACGACUACCAUUUGAGAGACUUGUACAAACACGGUUUUGACAAUCUAUAUUUACGUUUAUACCAAUUAAAUAGACUAAUGGAAGAGCACCUGUCGUCGCUGUCUUUACAUUUUACCGAGCACCACAUCGAGACACACAUGUUCGCCUCGCAGUGGUUCCUGACUGUGUUCACUGCCAGAUUUCCCUUGUACUUCAUGUUCCACGUUAUAGACAUUUUUCUUUUGCAAGGUAUUGAUACCUUGUUUCAAGUUGCCAUAGCCCUUUUAAUGACGUGCAAAAAAGACCUCCUACAGUUAGAUUUUGAAGGUAUAUUAAAGUACUUCAGAGUCUCUCUACCGAAAAAGUGCAGAUCUGAAGAAGCUGCCAAACAACUUAUCAAACUAGCUUGCAGUAUUAAAGUGAAGAAACUUAAGAGAUACGAAGCCGAUUUCAUAGCUCUCAAAGACAGCUGGGAAAUUAUCAAUUUGGAUUCAGAGGCUGCGGAUCAAGCGGAGAAAGAGGCCAGCGAGGUCGAACAGCUCCGAUUGGCCGUCGUCAGAUACGAAGACGAACGCAAGAUGAUGAUGGACGAGAUAAGUCAGCUGAAAGAGAUGUUGAAGAGGGAGGUGAAUCAGGCGGAGAGCGAUAAAAGCAGCAACGCGGCCAUUAUUAACGAUUACAAGUUGGUAAGGCAACGGCUGGAUACCCAGUUGCACGAAGUAAAAGCAGAACUUGAUAGCCUAAAGACUAAGGUAUCGAAUUGUGAAAGUUGUUCACAGCAUUUAGAAAAAGCGAGUAUAGAUAAGACGACUAGUAGUAACGAAAACGCCAAUGAAGAAGAAAGGAUACGAGAGUUAGAAUUAGAAUUAGCCCAGACGAAAUUGGCUCACGUUGAAGCUGAAUGUCGUAAUCAGAAUUUGACGCAUCAGUUGCGAGCGACCGAAGUAGAAUUGACGACAGCGAAGAACAGCUGGCCGCCGUGGCUGAGCAAAACGUUGAGUUCGAUAAAGGAAGUGGCCAACAAGAAGGAGUUUACCGGCUUUACAGUAUCGAACUGCACAAACAUUACACCGAACCAACCGACUUUUGUAUCUCACAUCAGCGCCAGUCGGCGCGAAAGCGUGCCAUCCAAGCGUGACAAGAGCCUACUGACGAAAGAACCGCGCAGAGAGUCUGUGCCCAUCAUUAAGGAUUCUCAGAGUUGCAGUAGCUUGAAAAGUCACCAUUGAAUCAUUGUCCAAUUCGUAGAUUUCACCUCAAAGCUAUACGUAACAUUAUUGUGACGUCACGGCGCCAUGUUUGUUGAGGUUAUGCCUAAAACUUGAUUUAUAUCUAAUCACUGUUCAAGAUAUGUUUUUAGUUAGUAAAUUAUAUUUUAAUUCUAAUGGACUACCUAAGCUCUGACGUCACAAUGGGCGGGGUUUAGAAAACCUUUUGUAAUUAAUGUAUGUUUGUCACAUAUAUCACAGAUGUCACGUAUCAGUUGUAGAUUUUGCGUUAAUUGUGGUGAAAAAAAAUUAGACAUUGGAACACAUAUUAAAAAUAAUCAUAAAUCUAUUAGGGCUAGAAAUUUUAAGUGCAACGCAUGUGGUAAAUCAUUAUUUUUAAAGGGAAUCGCUCAGGAGCAUUCUAGCCGGUGUUCUUGAUUUAGUUCAUCAUAGAUAAAUAUUUACAGUCCAUACAAUAUAAAUACCGUUGCACGUCAUCCGCGUCAUAGCAUGUGACGUCACAUGAUACCAACACGAAAUAUUUAAGUAAUAGAUCUGUUCUUUUUUAGAAAUCUCCUCCAUCCACAUAAAAAAGAAAUAACAUGCUCACAUAAAGAGGGGCGGAUAUCAAAGAAUAAUGAUGUAACUAUUAGUAAUAGAUUUUGCAGUAUUUGUGAUCAAAAAGUAUCAAAAAUUCGAACACAUAUACAGUACGUAAAUCGUUCAGCUGGACAUAGGGAACAUACAAUGUAUAUAUUUAGAUACAUAAAUACAUACAUUGUAUUAUAUUGAGAAAAUUGUGACAACUGAGCUCUCUUGAUGACUAUAUGGUUGUUAGCAUUAAGGGACAUUAACCUCAAACUUGACAAAUCAUUUCCACUGACACAAAUAAACGUCAAAAUAUGAUAAUGUAGUAGCUAAAUAUUUUUGGCCUAAAGGAAUGUGAAAACUGUUAAGUUUUGAAAUUAGUUUUUAAAUAAAAGUAAAAUUAUUUUUAAAAAUUGAAGUAAAAUUAUUAACUCAUUAAUCAUAAACUUAGUUUUUGAUUUAUUUAUGGACAGCCUUGCUUCAAAACUCACUCAUUCUAUUCGUUCUAACAGCUUUAUUGCACCAAAACUCGUACUGGAAAAGCUUCAACUAACACAGGUUAGCGCAGUUGUCACAAUUCUCUCAAUGUAUAUUCCCUAUGUCCAGCUGAAUGACUUACGUACUGUAUAAGCUGAACAUGAAAGAUAUAUUAGGUCUAGAAAAUGUCUGUGUAAAGUAUGCCUUAAAUCUUUCUCUUUAAAGGGAAUCGCUCGGGAGAAUAUUAAACAAACUAACAACUACUUUUACCUUUUCAGAUAUAUCCAGUUUAUAUUAAAAUAAAAAAGUACUUAUAUUAAUUCCAACUGCUUAUGGGACAAAUACACACCAAUUAGAAAUAUUUGGAAAGGUUUUUUAAGCCCGCCCAUUGUGACGUCAGGCGUAGGUAGUCCAUUCAAAACUACGUUUACCUAAAAUAUCCUUUAUUUUUCUGUCUGGAUCAUCUAACGAAACUGAAACCGUUAAUUGCAAUGAACUACUAUACUAAAUAAGUUCACACAAAAACAGAUAAAAAUGAACUAUAGAUUAUUUUUUAACCAGGAGUAAACUAAAAAGACAGAUUCACACCCAAGAAAGUCACUAGAAUAAUAACCAAAUACAUCUUCUUUUUUGGUUGAUCUAGUCGACCGCGACCCUCAACGGUAAUCCAUAAAUAUUAUAUUAAAUUACUACGUCGCUAAAGAGUUCCAAAAACAUCUGCUUUUUAUAUAAAAGCAGACUAACAAUCUAAAAAUUAAAGGAAUAACACAGAAAACACAAAAAUCGCCUAUAUAACUUAAUUAACCUAUGAAAUGUCACUAGUGUCAAAAUUUGAUAAAUGUCAUUAGUGUCUAAAUUUGAUAACAGUGGAGUAAACUUGUCUGCGGUUUGACCAAUUACAAACAAGCAAUACAGCGCGGUAAAUUUGAAUCACUCCUCUUGGUUAAAAAACAAAUAUAACUGAUAUUUGGUUUGGUUUAGAUCGUGAUUGAGACAUAACCUCACAAAAUUUGACGUAAUGACGUCAUCGGUAAUGUGACAUAUUGUUGAUUAACUUUGAUAUUUUCUUUUUAACUUUUUUUAUGUAAAGUUACCACAAUAUUUUCUUUAGUUUUUAGGAUCCUUUAUUAAUACUUUACAUAAUAUUUAUGACUAAAAUUCAAUAUUUACGUGACAUUUAAGUGUAGCGGGUCUAUACCAAAAAAGGACAAUUCAUUACUGCUCCCGGAACGAACCAAGGCCGAUGAGAAACGCUGUCGACGGUCUUACGCCCACCUAAAUUCUACAGUCUCUACACAGAAAGGAUUUCUCUCACCGGCCAUGAUUCGCUCCGGAAUCUGUAAACAUGUUUAAUGUAAGAGAAUCGAGAUUAAUAAAAAAUGGCUAGAGAAGAGUGUGGUACCUUCUAGUCAUAUAUUCAGUCAUGAGAGGCUGUACGAAGAAGUCUAAUUUAAAAAGAAAACAUUGCAAAUUACUUUACAUGAGAUUAUUCAAAAGUAGCAUCACAUCUACACAGAAACACGAAGAGUAUAAUUUUAAACACCAAAAUAUUAAUAUUCAAAGCAAAAUCUUAGCAGGUAGUGCCAUUUUUUACCAUUAACCUAUUUUUUCGAAGAAUAAAAGUGAGGUUAAAUUAUUUAAAACAGAAUGUAGGCAACCAAUAAUAUACGUUGCCUAGUAUUGUAGGUUGCCUACAUUUGAAAUUUUACAAAAUGAAUCGUUCUUUCGAUAGACCCCUAUACUUUUAAACCAAUUUAACCACAACAUUUGUUGCUCUCGCAAUAAAAUUUCUUUUUAUUUGAUCAGCAGCGAGCAUAAAUGUUUGUUGAAAUGUUGAAUCUCAUUUUCCUUGAUAAUUCAUUAAGGAAAAACGUACAAAUACGUUAGAAUGUUAUUUUUUAAGUUGUUGAUGCGACUAAAAAAUUGUUUUGAUCGUUCGUAUUAUCUUACGAAAUAGUAUUAACACGAAAUAUUGACAAAAUGUUAUUGUUUAUACAAGCUCAUCUCAAAAAUUACUCCGAUAUGAAAUAGCAGCUUAAGAAAUACAUUUUUUGAUGAACGAAGACAUAUAGAAUAUUUGUAAGGAGGUUUUGUCCAUAGAAAAGCAUUUGCUACUUAUAGUGUAGAUGUCAUGAGUCUAUACGUCAAUUAUUCUACUUAUACGUUCAUCAACAAAUAAGUAAAUACUCAAUAUUGAUAUUCUUUUAUUAAAUUUAACAACACUUGAGUAUCCAACUACAGGGUGUCCUAAAAGAAGCAGAACGGUCGAAUAUUUCGCGAAAUGAACAUUCGAUCAAAUAACUGAAAAAUAAGUGUUCAAUAAUUUUCAGAAAUGUAUCGAAUGACACCAAACAGGACCACCCACUAUACCCCUGGAGGUGGAUGGGGGGUAACUUUAAAAUAUUAAAUGGAAAUCACCUGUUUUUAUUGCAGAUUUGGAUUCCUUACGUAAGCAACUUUUAUUUGGGACAUUUUUUCGAAUUGUGGAUAGAUGGCGCUAUAAUCGGGAAAACGAUUUAUCGUGAUACCAUCAGUAUGUUAUAGAAACGGUCUAAUAUCUCGAGAAAUACACUUCCAAAUGAAAAACCAAAAAAUGCAUGUUAAAUAUUUUUCAAAAAUCUAUCGAAUAACACCAAACAUGAUCCUGGGAGUGGACCCAACAAUGUUUGGUGUCAUUCGAUAGGUUUUUGAAAAAUAUUAAGUACGUGUUUUUUGGUUUUUCAUUUGGAGGUGUAUUUCUCGGACCGUUUCUAUAAUUUACCUAUGGUACAGGUUUGGACACCUAUUAAGAAUGGCUGAAGAACGUUGGCCUAAACAAAUAUUUCAGUGGAGACAACCAGGAAGAAGAAAGCGGGGUAGACCGCGAAGGUCAUGGAAUGAGAGCGUCAGGAGAUCAAUGUAUGACCGCAAUGUACAAGAAGACGAUGCCUUGAACAGAGAGGUUUGGCAAAUGAUGACGGGAAUAUGGCAAGGUGCUGUUAACAAUUGAAUAAUUAUUGUACAAUUGUACCCGUAAAUAGAUAGAUAGAUCUCGAUAAAUCGUUUUCUCCGAUUAUAGCGCCAUCGAUCCACAAUUCAAAAAAAUGUGUCGAAUAAAAGUUUCUUACUUUUACGUAAGGAAUCCAAAUCUACAAUAAAAACUGGGGGUUUCCAUUUAAGAUUUUAAAAUUAUCCUUCAUCCUACCUCCAGGGGGUGUAGUGGGGGUUCUGUUUGGUGUCAUUCGAUAGAUUUUUAAAAAUUAUUGAAAACGUAUUUUUCAGUCUCUCGAUCCGAUGUUUAUUUCGCGAAAUAUUCGACCGUUUCGCUACUUUUGGGAUACCCUACAUACGAAGUCGAAUGUUAUAUUUUGAUUUUUCUUGAGAUUUAGUUCCUUUUUGAGAUUUUAUUGACAUUUGAUAUCCAGACCUACUUUAUAUCGGAAAUAAUAAGACUUUUUUAUGUUUACGUUUACUAAUAAAGAGUGCUUUAUUCUUUCUAAACGUUUUCGCAAGAUAUAAGGCAGUUUUUCAUUUUUUGACAUUAUGAAUAAGAAAAUAUAUUUUUUGUGGCUUGUGUACCAACUUGUAGCCAUAUUUUUUUAGUGAUAUAGUUGUCGUGAUAGAUAUUUUUAAGUUGUUUUAUUUUAUCUUAGUUAUUUAUAAUGUAAUGUUGUUUUCACUAAGAAAAAAUAUAUGCACCCAUUUGUAAA